AUGGGAUGUUUCGGACGAACUGGGAAAUCGAGCAAACGAUCGGAGACGAAAACCACGAAGAACAAUGAUUUCACCAAGAACAAACUCACCGUCGAUGGAAACUGCGUCCGUAAGAACGCAAAUCGAGUUGCUCAGACCCAAUCCACCUCAGAUUGCUUCAAAGUCAGUCCAUGUGGAGAUGUAACCGAGGAGGAUCAAUUGACUUUGGAUGCAAUGGAUUUGAAUGUUGAAGAUGAAUUUGCAGGGAUGAAAGCACAGACUUUUACCUUUGAAGCACUCACUGUUUCUACGGGUAACUUCAGGUCGGAUUGUUUCUUGGGUGAAGGAGGUUUUGGAAAAGUUUACAAGGGUUUCAUUGACAAAAUCAGUCAGGUUGUUGCAAUCAAGCAACUUGACCGGAAUGGCGGUCAAGGAAUCAGGGAAUUCGUGGUUGAAGUGUUGACGCUGAGUCUUGCUGACCAUCCGAAUCUUGUAAAGCUUAUCGGAUUUUGUGCUGAGGGUGUUCAGAGACUAUUGGUCUAUGAGUACAUGCCACUAGGAUCCCUGGAAAAUCAUCUCCACGAUCUUCCUUAUGGUAGAAAACCACUUGUUUGGAACACCCGGAUGAAAAUAGCUGCUGGUGCAGCCAGAGGUCUAGAGUAUCUGCAUGAUAGAAUGAAACCUCCUGUGAUCUACCGUGAUCUUAAAUGUUCAAAUAUCUUGCUUGGUGAAGAAUAUCACGCAAAACUCUCAGACUUUGGGUUAGCUAAAGUCGGACCAAGAGGGGAUGAAACCCAUGUUUCCACAAGGGUUAUGGGAACAUAUGGAUACUGUGCUCCUGAGUACGCAAUGACAGGUCAACUCACGUUCAAAUCAGAUAUAUACAGUUUCGGAGUUGUCCUUUUGGAGCUUAUCACUGGAAGGAAAGCGAUCGAUAGUACAAAAGCGCGUAAAGACCAGAAUCUAGUUGGAUGGGCGCUUCCAUUGUUUAAAGAUAGGAAGAAUUUCAAGAAAAUGGUUGAUCCGUUGAUGGAGGGAGAUUAUCCGGUAAGAGGAUUGUAUCAAGCGCUUGCAAUAGCUGCAAUGUGUGUUCAAGAACAGCCUGGUAUGAGACCUGUGAUAUCGGAUGUAGUAAUGGCUUUGGAUCACUUGGCUUCUACCACAUAUUAUUCUAAUUUCAAGAGAAACACAGAGACAAGAGUCGAUGCUGAAGAGAAAAGACUGGCCGAAUCUAAAGUUUGUAUGGAGGAAAAACAAGAGAUCAAGAUGGCCGAAUCUAAAGAUUGUAUGGAGGAAAAACAAGAGAUCAAGAUAUGUUCAGAUCAAGCAACAUAA